UUUGAAAGUUCGUUCACGCUUUUGUUCGUGGUUAACGUAACAUGAAUUGAAUCUAGAACUACUUGAAAUCAAAAUUAGGCUUCAUUAACAAAAUAAUUCAAUCAGAUUUUGGCAUUCUAGGAAGUAAGAAAUCCUCCAAGGGGCCUAUUAAAAGAAAAGUCUAUUAUCCCAUUUUGCAGUCAUAAAUAUUUGAUUGAACGUUGUCUAGGCUUAGAACUUCGACGGAAGCCAUCUCGAUUUAGUCGACCAACUUGAGGUGGAUUUUCUCUUUCUCUUUUAAAUAUACUAAUGUUUCCUUCGACAGAUUCUUUGUCCUAAAUAUGCAGCCAGCGUUUAGGAAUCUGUUGUAUUUUUAUGCAUUCCAAUUGUUUGUCGAAAAGCAUCAAACAUUUGUUUCCCUGAGUUUGACACUUCUCUGAUGGGAAGUAGGAAGGAAAAAGGAGUUCUUUUAUCUCUCUCUCUCUCUCUCUCUGAUGUUCCAGGCUGCUUCCCAGAUACUGCCAGUACAAAAUUGGAGCAAGUUCAGACUUCAGAAGUCAAGCGUACAUAAAAAAGCAGUUCAUUGGAGAGGAGCUCCAUAGUUUUUAACGAAUUCAAUUAACCACCAAAUUAUGGAGCAGGUAGAAAUGGAGAUGGAGGACCUGCAGUUGAGUUCAGAGGCUAUGGAAGUGGAAGAUGAUUGUUCGGAUAUCAGACUCCGGCUGAUUGAUUUAUCCGAUAUUGAUGAUUUAGUGGAGUGGGUUAUGGAUGAAAAGGUUAGUAAAUUCUGCUCCUGGGAUUACUUUCCCUCCAAAGAGGCUGCCGUGAACUAUGUUGCCAAUGUAAUUAUUCCUCAUCCAUGGCUCAGGGCCAUAUGCCUGAAGGAUAAGCCGGUUGGUUCCAUUUCUGUGACUCCGUUCCAGGGCAAUGCACAAUGCAGGGGUGAAAUUGGGUAUGUAUUGGCAUCCAAGUAUUGGGGUAAAGGAAUUGCCACUAAAGCAGUAAAAUUGGUAGCUUCCACCAUCUUUGUUGAGUGGCCACAUCUUGAAAGGCUCGAGGCUCUAGUGGAUGUUGCAAAUGUAGGGUCGCAAAGGGUAUUGGAGAAGGUUGGUUUUAGCAAAGAAGGCGUUCUGAGAAAGUACUGCCUUCUCAAGGGGAAACCAAGAGACAUGGUUAUGUUUAGCCUUCUCUCUACUGAUUCCCAAGGUCACCAUUUUUUGUAG